GGUAUGUAGUGAUGAUGGUAUGUAGUGAUGAUGGUAUGUAAUGAUGAUUGCAUGUACUGAUGAUAGUAUGUAGUGAUGUACACGUUUGUUUUAAAUCUGUGUAUAGUUUAAUUGAAGGUCAAUAUUUGCUAUAAUUGUAUAGAUUUUGGCUAACUAUUUCCUAGACCUACACCUUGAAGACAAUGUUGGAAUGUUCUAUUAAUAAAUGUAAAAUAAUGUAUCAGCAAUUCAUUUAAAGCUAUGUUACGAAUAAGAAGUAGAAUAUAUGUGUUAGCAUUAUUUGGAAAUAUUCUAUUCUGACAUUGUGACAAUAUUAAGGUUUUAGAUAGAAAGAGGUUAUUUGCUGGAACGUGACUGCCAUAUACAACGGAAUACGAUGGAAGUGUGUGACGAUGGAGGCACUGACGGGACAGCGGGAGAUGACAGAUUGGCGGGGCUGCUGACAUAUUCUUAUCUGUUAUCCAGUGUGCAUGUAUUAUGUCUGAUCUAUCGUCUCCAUUGUACCCUGCUUUCUCUUGAAGUGUGUGACGAUGGAGGCACUGACGGGACAGCGGGAGACGUGACGUAUCAACAGAAGUGCAUGGCGAGAUGUCCACCGAAAAAAGCGUAUUACACGCUAACCGUCUGGACCGGGAAGGAACGAUAUUCAGGUUCCAAAGCUGACGUGGUAUUAACUAUAGGCGGGUCGUGUGGAAACGUUCAGAUUGAAAUGAAGAAUGGCAGAGAUAUCAGACUUACGAGAGGACGCCGAAGUACAUUCAAGUUUGUUGCCGAUUCUGUCUGCAGUGUGGAAUUCAUUGGUCUUGCGUUUUCUGCCUCUUGCCACUUGGAUGGGUGGCUAGUUUCGUAUGUUGUGGUGGAAUAUGAAGAGAUGACCACAGGCGACAGUGACAGAUUAAAGCUUGAGCCAAACUACUGGCUCACUGUGAAUGUAGAACAUGAACAGACAACGGGAAUAUUAUGUUCCUUCGUGACUCCUAUUGGGUUCAUGUUCACUCCAUAUUCAGAUGGAGGGACUUAUUGCACGUCUUCUCAAACAUGUGAACAUUGAAAUCAGAAAUAAUCUCCCUCCUAUCAAUAAACUUUAAUGUUUUUCUUCAUAAUGAUUCUACGUAACUGCGUUUGUGUUGAUACUUACAUUCGCCUUGUAACAUGUGUCACUAAUUGAUGAUAAUUAGAAUUAAAACAAUCGCCACCA